AUGGUAUGUCAAGGUAACCAAUGUCUAAUUCUCUUCAUUUCACCUGGGUCCAUAAUUACUUUUCAUAGCUUCGAUGGAUUCUAUCAUUUCCAUUUUGAGAGAAUGAGUAACCUUGACCUACAUCCUCUAAGUCUUCCGGUCAGUCGACUCUCACCGGCCAAGUCCAGUAGCAGUAUCGAUCAGUAUACCCACCACCACAGCAAAGGUGACUCUGCCUAUAGCUCAUUCUCUGGAGGUUCCACAGUCCCUGAUUACUCCUCUCCCUACCUAAAGGAUGAACUCCAGUCAUACAGCCUGCACUAUACCGAUCUGAAAUAUGCAAAAGCAAAAUACAGCCCAACCUUUCUUGAAUCCGAUUCAAAGAGCAUGGACCACCUUUACCGUUCCAUGGAAGCCAAUGUGCAACAGCACCAUCGGAGCAGCAGUAGCUGCUCUAACGUUGAAAGUCCACCAGUUCCAAUGCUUCCUUUACCUCCCCCACCACCUCCUGCCCGUUUAGACAGCUUUGUAACAACGAGGAACCUUGAAAACACAAGGGCACGUCUGAGUCCCGAAGGACAGUUUGAUGACAUUUCUACUUCAAAACAGACUGGAAAUCCAGAGGACUGUGGUGUCCUGGUUGAGCCUGUCAAUUGUCGCUUAAUUUCACAAAAUUGUCAGAGAGAUCAGCUCAAGCAAGACCUUGGGGACAAGGUUCUUGAACCACCAAAAUAUACAAGUAUUUUAAGUAGAUUGCCCCUGCAAACCUGUCAGCCAGAACACUUGCAGCAGUCUUGGUGUGGCCAUUCUGAAACUCAAAGGAAGAGGUCGCAUUCAGCUUAUGGGGGACCUGUUUCUGAGCAGCAAUGCUACGUUAACUCCUGCCAUAUGCCACAGAACAUGAUCAGAGGGAGUAUUCAACACAAAGGCCAAUUCUAUUUUGUUACCGGUGUCUUCAAUUCCUCUGAACCCAGUGUCAUGCAAGGUGUUGGUGAAAGUAGAAGCAUGGAGACCUCCAGUGAGUGGUCCUAUAAAGCUCAGCGUAGAAGGCAGAGCUGUCCCGAUGGUCCGAGAGGUAGACUGUUUUUUCAAGAGGCGCACAAGUUCAUCAUUCAGAAUGAAGCUAUGGAGCAUCCAUCUUACAAGUCAGAGCAGACCUCUCAAGGUGUGGAGGACAAGAGAGUCAUGAGUAAAGAAAAUGGCAAACAUCACUCUUCCAGCCACCCUAUCUUCUACUGUGGUCCUGAGGAGAAUUUGGUUGGUAAAACAAUAACCCCUGCUCUGAUUAAGGAAGACCAUACCAGUUGCCCCAAGAAUGAAAAACAGAUGACAAGAAAUUCGAGACAGCCCAAAUUGGAUGUUCCAAGAGAAAAGAUAAGCAAGGAGACCACCCCACUUUUAUACCACCUCACAGGAGCCAGCAUGGCACCAUUUACAAGCAAUUUCAAAAACAAUAAUGAUAGUGGUAUGGAGAUUAAGAUUACAGACUAUGGCAAAGAUAAGCAGAAGGCAGGAAAAGAUAGCCAAAGCUCUAAUAACAGUGAACAUUGGCAGAGUGAAAUGUCUAAAGAAGAACAACCAAAUGAAUUCACCUACCCAUGUGGUACCUUGGAUGACUCCUACAAAAAGUAUUACAAGGAGAAACUGAAAGAUGCCCAAUCCAAGGUUUUAAAGGCAACUUCCUUUAAAAGGACAGAUUUGCAACUCUCUUGGCCCCACAGAAUCAAGCAGCAGACAAACAAAAAGCAUUCUGUUGUGCCUGCUGGUUCGCCAUUACAAAACGUACAUUCCAGCUUGGCCAAUCCCACUGCACAACUACACAAUCCUCAAGGAACAGAAAAGAAGAGCAUGAAGGACCUCUGUCUGGAGAUCGAGAAAGGAAUGGAAAUAGAAACGGAGACGUCACAGAAUAUUGCUCAACCACAAGUGCCUCGAGUAGGGUCUAGGAAGCGUUUGACGGCAGAUCAGAAAAAGUUGUCUCAUUCUGAACCUGAGAAACUACAUCAGCUGUCAGAUGAACCUGCUCAUAUGAACUGCCACUCUCUUGGAAAUGAAGGGGAAGGUGGUGAUCAUGGUCUAGUGGCUGCCAGGCGGAAGAUGUUUGAAACACGAGGACGUGCUCUGUCUGCCUCCAACUUCUCAAAGUCAAGUCUGAAGCAGCUUCAGCACAAGGCCUUGACAGCAUACAUGGAACGGAAAACUGGUCAAAAGGUAGCUGAACCCCAACAGCCAGUUCCACAAUUACCAAGCCAAAGGAAUUCAACUGCUGGGAGGCUGAGUGCCUGGAGCUCCAGACAUAACUCUGGCAUUGCAGACUUUAAGAAGCUCCACAGGCCUCUCUCUGCUGGUCGCAUUCUUGAGUCCAUGUCAAAUUCUGUUAAAUAUGCCCAAUUCAUCCCUGCUCAGCCUAGCAUUCACUCAAGGCAGUCCAGCUCGAGAGAGAAGUCCCCAUCAGCAGGGAAGUCUGCGUCUGUGGAGAGUCUUCUGGACCGGCCUGAACAACCUGAGUUCUUCCGGGCUCGAAGCACGUCCACUCCCCAUGCUUUCCACGCUCAGAAACAUCCAGAUGAGUUCUCAACCAGUUGUAACAAUGACAUAUCAAGUGUGCAGAGAAAUGUAGAGGGAGAUACAUUGGUCCAUCACAGUCGUACAGCAUCGGUUUCUAAUGACCGACGGGCACAAAUGGUCGCUCCAAGAGGAAAAUCUAUGGAGGAACUUGGGGUGUCCAAGAUCUCAAGUCCUGAAGUUCUCAGCAAGAGCUCUGAGCAGCUUGACCAACUGCAGGAAAAGCAACAUAUGUCUGUAAAAGAGACGCAAAUCACAAAAGGAAAGGAACAUAUGGAGAGUAAGCUAAAUCAAAGCUGUUGCCCCCUGUUGAGAUUUGGAGAACACUCAGAUAAAUCUCAGGCAGGUCCUGAGAAACAACUCCUUAAGCAGAUAUCUCCAACACCAGACUCUUUAGCAGUUCCCUACUCCCAGCUCAAAGCAUUGUCCUCUCCACCUGACACAUAUGAAUCCCAUGGCAUUGCCUCUGUAUACCAUGUACCCUCUCGUGAGGAUGAAAUCCAUUUGGCUUCUCACUGCAAUGGAACUAAAAAUAGAAAUGACACCAUGCCUAGUCAUUCCAAUGAAUCCGAUGAGAUCAAGCUUGAUAUCAGAAAAGAGCAGGAAUUUUCUCCUCUGAAUGUGAGUGAGGCACCUUUAUCUGGUCCAGAAGUUUCUCUCAGUCAUGGAGUCACAACAGAUCCCAGUUUAUGGAUUUCAAUGCCUGAGACAAAUGAGACAGAGGCAAAAAAUUGCCCAUCUCCUGAAAUAAAAACUCUUGUUGAACUCCAAAAUGCAGUGCCUACCCCAUGUUGUUUUAUUGAAACUACACAUAUAACUACACUUCCUGUCAUUCCGCAUGUGGAGUCCAGCCAGACACCUGCACUAAGUAGGGAAAAAGAGGUUAGUGGUAAGGAAGUUGGAUGUCUUGUGACUGAUAACAAGCGAUGUAAGGAUCCCAAGGACAAACUAGAGUGGGAAGUGCUAGUUCAGGAGGUAGUUUCAGCUGACCAGUCAUUAGCUCGUAGUCUUUACCCUACAACCAAUCGGAAGACAGCUCUCAUGCUGAUGGAGCAGCUGUUGUCUGAAGAUACUCUUCUAAUGGAGGAACACUACAAGAAGAAACAGGAGAAGAAAGUUAGUAACCCAAGGCAAGCUGCACACAGCACUGAGAUGCCACAGAAUGACAAACCAUCAAACCCACCCUCAUCUCUGAGUGAUGACGCUGCUCUCUCAAACAACCAAAAAGACAAACUGUGCAACACAGAAAUGGACAUCAUUGAAAAGAAGAGACAGCUGAUAGCAGAUAUAGAGGAGCGUUUGAAGUCUCUUGAGGAGGUCCGCUCUACCCUGCAGGGUGAGGAGAAAGAGAAUGGGGCACGAGGCGAUGCUCUGGAGACUCUGGUGCGAGAGAGCUGUGUGCCUGCUGAGUUAGAGCGCUACACACAGUUUAUAGGAGAUCUAGAGCGGGUGGUCAGUCUACUGAUGUGUCUGUCGGCGCGCCUCGCACGAGUGCAGAAUGCCCUCAGCACUGUGGAUGACAAAACGGACACAGAGGAGAAACAAUCACUAGACAACCGCCACCAUCUGCUGUGCAAACAGAGAGAGGACGCCAAAGACUUGAAGGACAACCUGGACCGACGGGAGCGCUUGGUGUCCACAUUCCUCUCCAAACAGCUGACAAAUGCACAGCUCCAGGAGUACCGGUGCUUCAUCCAAACCAAGGCCUCCCUGCUCAUUCGCCAGAAAGACCUGGACGAGAAGCAGCGUUUGGGUGAGGAACAGCUCGAGGCUUUACUCAACAGUAUACCACAAUAACGGUCUCGAUCCAGUGAGAUCAGCACUUUCAGAGGCUCAAGGAACAACAGAUCCCCCAUGUAGUCUCCCAUGGGUGGCACUUGGUCUAAUGACAAUGGUCAAUGACAUGAUCUGAAAUGCCUGAACGUGCCUCUUAAAAAUGACCACUUGCCUCCUUGAGACUGUAAUUACUUUGACACUAUGUUUCACGAUGUGCUUUAGUUGAAUAUUUAGCUGACUUUCCAUGGAAAGCUUUAAAGGAAUAGUUCACCCAAAAAUACUAAUUCUGUCACUAUUUACUCACCACUUUUAAACCAAAAGGAGAAAUUAAUGAGAAUGUAGUCAUCGGUCUUUUCCAUGCAAUUACAAAGAAUGGGGACUGGAGCUGUCAUACUUCGAAAAGGACACAUAAGCAUCGGAAAAGUAUCGGAAAAGUGGAACACGUGACUCGUGCUCUUUAGGUUAAGUCUUCUGAAGCCAUACAACAGCUUUGGGUGAGAAACAGAUUGAACUUUGUUGAUAUUCACUGAUAAUUAUUCCCUCCAGAGAGUUGAAAUCGAACAAGAUGAGUCCUGUUCAUGGAUGAAUCAUUCAGACAGGUUUUCGAAAGAAUGAUUCGUAGAUCAUGACUUCUCUUAUGAACUGUCAUGAAAGUCAUACAGUUUGGGUGAGUAAAUGAUGGCAUAAAUUCUUUUAAGAGCUGAGGAAUGGUUUAUUGUGAGUAUAAAGUGGAUGAAUAAGGAAUAUGGCAUUUUUGGUAUUUGGGUUUGCUUUGAUUUUAUACUCACAGAGCACUCUAAAAUGAUGACCAAAAAGGAAGAAAAAGCACUUUUGAUGCUAAACUGCACAUACGCAUUAGGAACAUUAAAACUAUAUUGUAAUCCAUCCCGUGUUUAUUCUUGCUGAUUUCAGGUCUUAUUUCUUUUGACACUUGAUGCUUCAUCUGUCAUAGUGUAGCUAUUCAUCCGUGAUUUUUGUUGUUGUUUGUUGAGUAAUUUAAUUUGACACUUAUCAUGUUGAAUGUAUUUAAUUAUAAAGUACCUUAAAAUAAUUAUAUUUUGUUCUUAAGAUUCUCUUUUAAAGUUGUGUAUUUUGUAUUGUGUAUUUGAAAUGAUCGGGGUGUAGCAUACAUUUUAUUUAACUGCCAUCAUUGCACAAUUGUGAAGUGAGACCCUGACACAGAUCCUGUUAGGACAUGUUACUAACACAUUAAUGUAAGUUGAACAUUACAAACGCUGACAAAUGUUGGAUCGACUUGUGCAGUGUCGGAUAGUGACAGAUUACAUGCAUUCUGGAUCACGUAAACAGAUUACAACAGUCAAUUACUUGUAGUCAGAUUACAUUUAAAAAUAUGGGUAACCAGAUUAGUUACAUUUGUAUGAUUAAAUGUUUGAUUACAUUACAAAUAAGCCAGUGGCAAUAGCUAGUGCAUUAUUUACAUGUACAGAUGUGUAGCUCUAAAUGUUACUUACAAAUACAUACUAUAUGAAUAAUAAUGACAUCAGGCUCAAGUAAAAAAAGUGGCUGUUUGAUUUCAUAUUUAUUAAAGUUUAAUAUGAGUGUUAUAUUACAUUUGGUGCUUAAAACAUAAAACAUUAAUAGAUUUAUCAAACCAUGCAAAGAGUAAUCCAAAAUUAAUUAUAAAAAAUUAGAUAAGUUUACCUAAAAAGAGUCAUCUAAAAGAUUGUUCUUGGUAACAAUUUUAUUCAUGUAAUUUGUAAUCAGUACCGUAUUACAUUUCAGAAGUAAUCUACCCAACACUGAACUUGUGCUAAAUGCAACAUUUGCAAUAAGCCACAAUGCUUCAAAAGAACACACAAACACACAUAAACUGCUCACUAACACAACCAGAAGACACAACGUAGAACAGAAUCACACACACAGAUCAAAUAACAAAGUCUGAGUCUGGCCCCAAUGUACAUGCUUAAAACAACACAUCUUUCUGUUAUGGAAACAAAGAAACUGUAAACUAAUUUACUUUGAGUUAUAAAAGUUUGAUAUUUAAAAUGAAUUAUUGGUAACAAAUUGCUUAUUCUAUGUCUCUUCUUUUUAACACCAUGGUCAGAUUUGACCGUAAACUUGUAGUAAUGUCACAUUAUUGUACAAAUCAAUACAAAUCAAUAAAAAAAUGAUACAUUUGGAACAAGAAUAGUUAAAAAAAAAAAAAAUCUAAAUAUAUAUCCAAAUGUGUAACUUUAAUAAUCUAAUCUAAAUCUAAAAUUAGAAAGUCAGACCACACAUCUGCAUCUACUGGUUAUGAUUGUCAUGAACAUUUUGAAGUCAUGUAAAAAAAAAAAAAAAGAAAGAAAUGAAAUUCCACCAGAUCUCAGCAAUCUGCACCAAUUCAUGACACAAUCUCAUAAAUUGUUCAUGUUUCAACUUAUAGAAGUUUAUGUUUUUACUGAAUUGAGGUGAACUUAAAUUUACUUAUUUGCAUAUGCAAAUGAAUGAUAUAAUUGAGUGAUUUACAGGUAAAUAAGAUCUAAAUAGCAUAAAAUCCUAAAAGAAAGUGCAUAAUAUUAUAGUUAUUACUUCAGGGAAGAAGAAAUGUAAUAAUUUCUUAAAUAAAAAAAAAAUGACAUCUAUACAAGUUACACCUGUACUGUUUCCGGUCAAAAAUGACUGUUAACCGCCAAUGUGUAAACCAUUAUUGAACAGCCUAGUAGGGUUAAAUAUUUUAAAUGAAUUUAAUAGAUUAAUCAAAAUUGUGCCUGCUUCUGAAUUUCUUUACAAAACUAAACUUACUAAAAAAAUAUUAUUUCGAAAUGUAUUAUUAUUAUUAUUAUUAUGAGUAUGCAGAGCUGUAAUCUAGAUGAAGGAUUUAUGUAUUGAUGGAAAGUAAAAUAUAAGAUUUUGUUAAUUUAGCUUUUGGUCACUACGUAUUUCCUAACCUUCCAUUUAUUUCAAAAUUAUUUAUAAUCACAUUUUAUAGUAAAAAUAAAAACAUCAAAAUGAAUGUGUAAGUAUGGCCAAACUUUUAUGUGGCAGUAUAUAUUUAUAUUGUGUGCAUUUAUCAGCAUUUAAAUAGCAGAUUUGAACAUGGCUAAUCCAAUCAGAAUGUAAACAUUUGAAUUAGUCCACUGUAUAAUCAGUUUGUUUCACAAUCAUGAAUACAUCAUUCAUUUAGAUUAGCUGCUUUGUUAGUUGUUACAUUCAAAAACCAAAUGUAGUUUCAUUGAUCGGGAUUAAUAAGCAUUCACACCCCUCCCUGUUGUAGUUUUGUGUUUUUAUUGAACUUUGACCCUAAUUUCUCCAUUACAAAUGUUUUAUUUGAUGUCACACGCAUUUCUUAUGGAAGUUUCUAGAAAUAUGGACAGGUUCCCGGGAUACAUUACACAAACAUGGUCAAGCAAUUUUGCCAUUUUACAAAUGCUAUCCUUGUGUGGUAAGAGAUCAGACCAGUUAUAUUUGGGAAUCAGUAUCACAAAAUCGUCCUUAAAGUUAUCAUUAAAGCAAAAGUGCAUUUUGAAGCAGAGUACAAAAGCACUUCACAAAACAAAAACUACUUUUACGCUGCUAAUGCAAUCAGAUUACAUUGUGAAUAUGAAAUGACGUGUAUUUGGGCAUUUUGAUGCAUUUGAUGGACAAAACCCUUCCAACACAUAGUGACACAUGGCACUAAAUAAUACUUAGAAUGUGUUCAUCAGGAGUUAAGAAAGUUAAGAAAACAUGCAAACAUAUCUUCAAAUUAAAAAACAACUAAAUAUUCUACCAGCACUGCUUAUUUGUCAUGAACAGCUCCGACCACUUCACAAAUUGGUCGCAACAGUAGUCAAGUGAAGCGUACACUAAUAACUGUCCAUUGAAACGAGCUGUUUGAAGGAACCGGUUGGUGGAAAUUAAUGUGACUUCCCGUCAGUAGUGUAAAAUCAUUUUAUAUCCCAAAUCUGCUUUAAAUUGUAUUGAUGAUAUGCAUAUGUAAUGCCUUUCAAACUAUAUUCAGUAGUAACUCUUAAGAAAUGUUUUCACAUUUUUAGAAUGUUUCAUUGCCAUUUUCUUUUGGAUAAACAAAUGAAAGUUUGUUUUGGCCUCUGAACAGAGGGUGGCCACUGAACAGUUAUGUCUUUUCCAUCUAGACACCUAUGGUUGUCAUGUGAAAGUCCUGUUUCUCCACAGAAACAUCACCCCACAAACAACACUGAUUCUUGAUGUAGAUUAUGAAAUGGUAGUGUGUGAGUCUAUGCACUGUUUGAAACCCAUCCAUGUUUGUCAUUGAGAGUUGUGAAUGAUUAUAAUUGGAUGUGUCUGGACUGUUUUGUGUUUCAGCCCUCUUGUGGUUGUGCUGCGUAUUAUUUGCCUUGACUGUUUCCAGUUCCCAUUUGUUGUGUGGAAUACAUGAAUUCUAUUACUUUUGUUAUAAUGUGAAUAAAGCAAGU